AUGGCCAUAAGCUCCCCGCUGGUUGGCCAGGACUUAGGGGACUUCCAAGCGUAUUUCGGAAGGAAGCGAGAACAGGAGUCGGAUCAGGAGGUGGCCGCAUCCAAGCACUCGGAGCACUCGGAGGGCGGCGAGGAAGAAUCGGGCGAGGAGCACCACAGUGAACACUACCACAAGAAGGGGGGCAAGAGCAAGAAGGGUCACAAGAGCGGGGAGCACUCGGAGAAGGGCGCCAAGGGUCACCACGACAAGGAGGGCAAAAAGGGUGAGGACGGCGGGGAGGAGGGGCACGAGAAGAAGCACAAGCACUCCGAAUCCCAUCACAAGAAGAAAAAUAAGGGCUCCAAGGGCGAGAAGGGCAGCGAGUUCGAGGACCAUGGCUCCUACAAAAAAGGACACUCCAUCAAGGGCAAGCAUCACGUCCACAAGCUAGACGAGAACAAGAAGGAGAAGAAGUUCUAUGACGAGGAUCACGUGGAGGGCGGCGAGGAGAAGCACGGCGGAUUCGAGGAGGGGAAGAAGCACAAGAAGGGCAGCAGCUUCAAGAAGGGCGACCACAAGAAGAGCGACCAUGAGGAGCACUACGGCAAGAAGGGGCACAGCAAGAAGGGUCACAAGAAGAAGGGCCACAAGGGGCACAAGAAGAAGCACGAGGAGGCCAAGAAGUGGGGCCACAAGAAGGAGCACGGCAAGAAGGGCGGCGAGGAGAACAAGAAGAAGUGGCACAAGUCGCAGAAGAAGAGCAGCAAACACGAUCAUGGCCACCACUGACCUCUCAUCCUCUUUACGUAUUUCUUAGGCAUUAAAAUAAAAGACUAUUC